UCUGAAUCAAUCUUUCAAAAUUAAGGACUUCGUGCUUUAAAAUGCUUCUUGAAUCAUUUCAUUAUCAUGACUUUUGCCGAAGUUACAGCUCGUUGAAUUUUGAUCACUUUUCGCAAACGUGAGAAAUGUUCUUUUAAUUCUCACACUUUUCAUUCCCAUAUUUUUAUAUUAUGCGACUCAACGACAAAUUAAAAGGAUCUUAAUUUGAAUAAUAAUUUUAUUUGUAUAUUCAACAAUCGACCGGACGAACUCAUUCCGUGUAAAACAUAUAAAAAAACCUACGCCUAUGUAAGGGGAACCGCAGAAUUUACAUCUUCGGUAUUCAUCAAAUUAUCUAUCAUUCUCGUCCUUCCCUUUUGCCAUUCCCACUUAAACAGAAUUUUAUUUGUAAACGUUACAUCACCCAUACAUUUAUCACCAUUUAUCACUCGGAUUUCAAUUUGCAAUUAACAUUAUAAUUAAACUCGACUCGAUAUCGUCGCGAAAUUUAUCGCGUCGUCAAGCCCGGCUCUUCGACGUAAUCGGAUCACGCCGGUCACCAAGGCCGAUAAAAAUAAUCAUAGGAAGAGAGCACGGACGGUUACCUAAUGACGCACCGCAACGCGUCAUCUUAUCUCGGAGUCAUUUCCGCGGGAUGCCGCAGUAUCCUUUGAAAUCGCGAGCCGCGCGCGGCAGCCUCGCCCGCGUGCUUUGUCAAAAGUGUAUCGACGUUACGAACGAUACGAUGUCACAUUGGUGGACGACGACCAUCCUCCUCUUGGUGGUGCGACUCUUCGUGCUCGUUCAUUCGCAGCACCGGGACCACGAGAGCCUCUGCGAGGCCCAGCAGACCUGCUCGAGCUGCCUGCAAACGCCGCGAUGCGCCUGGUGCUCCAUGACGGUAAUGAAUAUUUAUAAGCGGCGCGCGUUCGUGAGAUGAUGGGAAAACGUACAGGAUGCGUGCACCUGCCUGGACUACACCCUUUUCGGACGUCGGUGACUCUCGUUGCCGAAGACGAUCGAACAAAAUGCGAGUGCACCUAUCAUACGUUGCGUGUCCUACGAAACGGCCAGGAAGGUAAGCCACCUCUGGUGUACAGAAUCGGACAUGGUAUACUACGAGAAUACGAUGACCAUGACCGAAAAUCGACCUUUGUCCUCAACCAAAGGUAGAGAACCCGUUCAGGUGCAACCUCAGAGGAUACACUUGCGUCUUAGGCGAGGAGAGGAACAGCGUGUGAUUCUGAAAUACAAACAGGCUGAGGAUUACCCCGUGGAUCUAUAUUACCUUAUGGAUCUAUCCGCAUCCAUGGACCCAUAUCGGGAACAAUUGUCGAAGCUCGGCCUGCAGCUGGCUGGAGCCAUGCAGGAGCUCACAAGGAAUUUCCGCAUCGGGUUCGGCAGCUUCGUGGACAAAGUCACUCUUCCGAUGACUAGCACGCAGCCUGACAAACUGAAAGUUCCCUGCCAUUUGAACAACGGAAAGCCAUGCGCAUCGCCUUACAGUUACAUCAAUCAGAUGCCACUUACGGAGAAUGUAAUGGGUUUCGAGUCCGAGGUACAAAGAGCGCCGGUCUCCGGCAACCUGGAUGGACCCGAAGGCGGACUGGAAGCGAUGAUGCAGGUCAUAGUGUGCACCGCGGAGAUCGGCUGGCGCCAAAAGGCACGUCAUCUUAUCGUGUUCUCGACCGAUGCGUCGUCCCAUGUCGCCGGUGACGGUAAGCUUGCAGGAGUGAUCGAGCCCAAUGAUUGCAAGUGCCACUUGGACAAGAAAGGAGUCUACAAUUAUUUCCUCGAACAGGAUUAUCCGUCGAUCUCUCAGAUCAACCGGAAAGCACGCGAGCAUAACAUGAACAUCAUUUUCGCAGUGCCGAAAGGCAAAAAUACUACCUAUUCGGACUUGAGUCGUAGUAUCAGCGGAUCCUCAAUUGGAAUUCUCGAGGGCAAUUCGGAGAACGUCAAAGAUUUAGUGAGAGGCGAAUAUGAGAAAUUAGUGGACACGUUGACGCUGAUCGACACUGCACCGAAGAUGAUCGAUAUCAAGUAUUUCUCCAAGUGUUUGAAUAAAACUGGAGACCUGCUGGAACGUCGCCAAUGCGAAGGGCUUCGCGUGCACAACGAUAUCGAGUUUGAAAUUGUGCUGAAGGUUACGGAGUGCCCUACGGAUCCGAAGGAUUGGAAGCAAACCGUGAAUAUCAAACCCAGAGACCUGAAUGAGAGUUUGACUAUUGAUGUGGAGAUCAUGUGCGAUUGUCCUUGUGAGAAGCUCGGAAAUCCGGGAUAUCGACCGAACGCCACGGAGUGCAAGGGUAGCGGCACCUCAGUGUGCGGCGUAUGCUCCUGCAAUCCCGAUUUUUACGGAAAGCAGUGUGAGUGCAAGGUAAACGAGGUCCGCGGUGGCAAUGCGAUCUCGACCGCCGACUGCAAACGUGACAACCAAACCGACGUGAUCUGCAGCGGCCACGGUACAUGCAAGUGCGGCGUGUGCAACUGCGACAGACGACCGAACAACCCGAAAGAAUUGUUCUAUGGCAAGUACUGCCAGUGCGACAAUUUCUCUUGCCAACGCAGCGGCGGCCAGGUCUGCGGCGGGAAGGGUAGAUGCGACUGCGGUACCUGCAAUUGCGAUCCGGGAUGGGGUGGCGAGACGUGCGACUGCAAGGAGACCAACAGUACAUGCAUCCCGCCGUCAAGCGGGAACGCUCAGAUUUGCAGCGGCCGCGGCGAUUGCAUCUGCGGCAGCUGUCACUGUCAUGAAUGGAACAAUAUCCGAUACUCCGGGCAAUACUGCGAGGAGUGUCCCACAUGUCCAGGACAACGGUGCGAAGAGCUAAAGGACUGCGUGGAGUGCACGGUGUACAAAACAGGACAGCUCGCGAAGGACGGAAACUGCGACUUAUGCCCGCACGAAAUUGAUAUUGUCAAAGUCGUCGAGGAAGAUCCUCUGAAGGACGAGGAGACCGGCGCCCACAUAUGUCGCACACCUGGUGAUGAAGGCUGCACGUUCGUCUUCAAAUAUCAGUAUCAAAAUAACCGCGGGGAUAUCAGAAUGUACACGAUUCAAGCUCAAGAAGAUAGAACCUGCCCGGCACCUAUUAACGUCUUGGGUGUUGCGCUGGGCGUCGUCAUAAGCACUGUCGUUAUCGGUUUCCUGAUUCUCCUCGUUUGGAAGAUCCUUACGAUGAUCCACGAUAAGAGGGAAUACGCCAGGUUCGAGAAAGAGCGCUCCCAAACCAAGUUUGGCAGGAACGAUAAUCCCAUUUUCAUCCCGGCGACGACCACCUUCCCCAAUGUGAUGUACGAUAGCACGAUGGACGGAUAAUUUCUCAUUUAGGCUCAUUGUGAUACCACGCAAAUAAGUUUAUAAUUGCACUUCUCCCACGUCGAAUUACCAUAACGCUUGGAAUACCCUCAAGAAGUCGGCGAAGUCGCAAUUCUUCUUCAAUGAUUAUUUUUAUAUACGGUAAUUUUUAUACAUUGCUUUUGAGGACUUAAUUAUUUAUCUUAUCUUGUAUUAUAUUUUUACAUUCUAACGCACGAGCACUCGUUGUAAAUAUACCGAUUAAUCGAAAUAAAAGAUACAAAU